AUGUGGACGGAAGGGCCCAAGUUUGACGCGCGUGCUGUUCAGGAGUGCGGCAACGAUCCGACGGCCUUGCUGCGGGAUUCCGGGCUCACGGAGUUGCUAUCUGACAUCUCGGCAUUGUUUGUCUACCAAGGUUACCGCCGAACGCUUCAGCUAGCGUUGCAGAAGCACGCCAUCGCGAGCUUACCAGGUCACGGGUUGAAUUAUUUGGAAAGAUGCGGCGGCAUGGACAAGCUGCCGGUCUGCGUUGCCGGGGGUGCGGGCGUGGACCUGGAUGAGACGGUGAAGAGCUGCAAGCAGCACGGAUUGAGGCCUGAGCGGCUAUGCUCCGCAGCUGGCUGGAAGUUCUGGGAUGCUUCCAAUGAGAAGACUCCAUUCGUGCCGGCUCAAUCCGUGACACUCUCAGAACAGGGCAAGACAGUGCCGUACUUGAGACCCAGGACGUGGCUGUCCGAGGAGGGCCGCACAAAGUUGGGAAUCAAGGCAGGCGCCAGGCGAAGCACGGCUGCCUUGGAGGGGCCCCGUCAGGCCGAGAAGGUGGAUUUGAUCACCGACGCGGCAGCGGCCGAGUCAAAGGCAGAGACGGCGAAAGCUGGGAUCCUGAAGCAGAUCGACUUCAUCGUCACGGAAUCCUUUGGCCCAGUGGACCCGCUGGAUCUCUCUGCGGCUCUUGCCCCAAACGCAUCUCUGCGGUCGUCUUUGCAGGUUCUUUCGCUGCUUCCCUCGGGAGAGCCCCCGGAGCUGUCCCUGUUGCACGAAGAGCUGGCGUCCAGCAUCGCCUGCGUGGUGCAAGAGUUCCCGGGCGGGGUGGUGCCUCCGGACCGUCGCGCCACACCAUCGCAGAGCACCGGCACCAUCCGGGCGAAGGCCGUGCGGAUUCGGGGAGUGCCCGAGUCCGCCUACCCCUUCAUCAAAGGCGGAGCAACCGCGCUGGCUGAUGCAAAUCAGGGCAGCCUGCGGAAUGAUCGGCAGAUGGAAGACCUUAGCGGGGUUGAGGAGUGA